AUGGAUAAGGCACCUACUAUUUUAAAGCCAAGUUUUCACAAGCCAAACAAAUCAAUGGAUAUUUUUUCACCUACUAGAUCAGUAAUUGAAAGGAGGAAGCCAAGCCUAACCGGAGAUGCCAAAAAAUGCUAUAUGAUGGUAGAAAAUGUAGAGAAGAUGGUAGAUGACUACUGCUAUACCUCAAUUUCACAAGAAAACAAAACUGUAGGGAAUCGAAAAAUGCUGAGAGAAGACAUUUUUGUUGCGCCGUGCUUAAAAACUGCAGUCGAAACUUUAAAAAAAAGAAUGAAGAUCUACGAAAAUAUUAAGCCUGAAAAACCAGUUAUGUACCCGAUCCCAAGAAGAUUUAGGAGUGAAUCUAUGACAGAUGAAAAAAUAGGCCCAGGGUGUUAUGAGACUGCUGAUAAAAAUAAUGCACUUAGCUAUGAAUUUCCGUUAACAACGAGAAUGGAAGAUCCCGUUUAUCAUCAAUUAUCAAGUAAGAUUUAUGCAUAGCAUUAAAAGGACAUAGGAGAUCAGAAACCCCAGGCAAGCAUAUUAUUCGAAAAAAUAAAUUCCUGGAUGGCUACAGACACUGCAUAAGAAAUCAAUUAAUCCAGAUUAAAGCUGGAGAUCAUAAUAGAAAAGUCGUAAGUGUUAUGGACUCUGUAAGAGAACUCAAUAAAUCAGCUCAAUCUCUGAGGAGAGAAAAAUUAGAAAAUAAAUUGAGAAAGGAUAAUUGGAAUAAAAAUAAAGCUGAGUUUAUUGAAAUUCGAAGAAAUUGAAUUCAACUAAUUUUUUUAUUUGGAUUUAUGAGUUGUUCACGGUGAAAAAUUUACAAUAAAAAAGUAAUUUUUAAGUAGAAAUUGCAUGAAAGAGCUUAUAAAGCAAUUGAAUGACUAUAUUCAUUUUCUUUAACAAUUGGAAAAUUCAGAAUAAUUCUGAAAAACGUACGUAAAAAAAUCAGCCAUAAAGUAUUUUUCAAUUAGAAAGUUUCUUGUCUUGCAAAUCUAAUAGUUUCUUUCUCACUUUCUAAAAGGACAGAAAUGGCCCAGAAAGUAUGCAAAGCUUCUGAAGAUAUUUUGGAAAUGGAUUUGCUAUUUUUAUGUAUGUCAAAAUGGCUUCGAUCAAUUUAUUUUGUACAAAGAAAAAUCCGAAGAUUUUUACAAAUUAAACGAGCUAGAGUUGAAGCAAUCUAUCUAAUGUGAGACAAGCAAGUCGAAUUAAUGGCAAAAUCUCCAUCAAGGUCUUCAAAUAAAAGAGCAGCUGCCUCGCGAUCCACAGAUACAAGCCAAAAAACUGUUAAAGAUAUACUCCACCCAAAACUUAAAGAAAAUUUUAUAAAGGUAUUUUUGGUUGACAAACUAAGCGAAUUUGUAAAUCUGCAAAAUGCUUAUAAAAUACAACAAGAAUGUGGAAAAGUGACCAAAAGUAAAGAAAUUGAGUUUUGGGAGAGUGAAUCUGACGUUGAUAAAGAAGAAAUAAAAAUUAUUGAUAAGCCAAAAUUUGAGUUGUUCAGAGAGCCUGAGAGUUUACAGAAAUAUAUUGCAAAAGCAAGAGAGGAAAAUUUAAAGCAAAUGAUGGUAACUCAAAGGACAGAGUUCAGAAGAAAAACUGUGAAAAAAUAA